CCAUGUUGAAUACACCCCCCUCUUCUCCUGGCUGCACAGUGUAAAAUAGUAAUCGAUCGUGACCAGUGUAUUAAUUUGGAUAACAUCAUGUAUAUAAUAUAGCAAGCCAUGUAUGUGCGCAGACUAGCAUCAUUGCAUUCCCUGACCAGCUGCAGUCGAGUGUGCGUGGCCGCUCUCCUUGGUAGCACAGUCAAUUGUUUGCGCGUAGUUUUAUCUUAAUCUCAAAUUCACCAUUCCAAUAUAGCUAGCUGGGUUUAAAAAAAAGUAUAUUCCAGGCAGACAAUCUGAGUUGUUGACAAGUAAUGCAACGUUAAUGAGGGACUGACUACACUUCGGAAAAAGCUAUGGCAGGACCCAGGCCAGUGGUGCUGAGUGGUCCGUCGGGGGCUGGGAAGAGCACACUGCUCAAGAAGCUGCUCAAGGAGUACGAGGGCGUCUUUGGCUUCAGCGUCUCACACACAACAAGGAGCCCUCGUCCUGGUGAAGAGAAUGGUAAAGAUUACCAUUAUGUUACAAGGGAGUAUAUGCAGGCCAGCAUCGACAAAGGGGAUUUCAUUGAGAGCGCAGUGUUUUCCGGGAACAUGUACGGGACGAGCAGGGCCUCCGUGCAGGCCGUCAAGGACAAGAACCUGAUCUGCGUCCUGGACAUCGACAUGCAGGGAGUGAGGGCAGUCAAGACGACAGACCUCAACCCCAUCUACAUCUUCAUCCAACCUCCGUCCAUGAGCAUCCUGGAGAAACGUUUAAGAGACCGAGAGACUGAGUCAGAGGAGAGCCUCCAGAAACGUUUGCAUGCUGCUCAGGUGGACAUGGUGAUAAGCAAAGAUCCUGGCAUAUUUGACGUUGUCAUUGUCAAUGAUAGUCUUGACGAUGCCUAUGGGAAGUUGAAAGACACUCUUAUUGAGGAAAUCAAAAAAGUCCAGAAAACCAACUUGUCUUCUUAAGCGACGAGAAGCCUGACAUCCAUUCCAGCCAUCCUGGCUACUCCUUACAAAAUGUCAGCCCCUCUAUUCCAAUCCUGAACAUUCCGUCAGAUACUGGUGUGGGAAGGAACUCCAGACAACAUCCCUUGCACCUAACCACAUACGGUAGCCUUUUGAGUGUGCACUAAGAUCUAGCCUAUGUUUUUACAUAUUGGGAGGAUAUAGGUAGGUAUUAAGAUGAUAAAAACUGUAAGUAGAGGUAGAAGUGGACUAUUUUGCUUUAUUUACUCAUUUGGCACAGUUUUAUUUAUUUUUUAUCCACAAAGACAAAACACUCCAUUAAUGGUUAACUUGUAACUGAGAUGGUCCCUAAUAUGUUUUUCCUCUGUUUACUACAUACAGGAGUUUCUGCCAUUUUUUCUCUUCUGUCCAUUUAGUAGUAUUAUAGCCCCAAAGCAUUAACUGUGUUCUCUCUGCUCUUCAACAACAGAAGGCCAUAAUAACAAGACUCAUUCCCACGAAUGGCAGUGUUGUAGUACUCGAGACCACAUUGAGUGUCUCGGUCUUGUCUCAGUGUUGGAUACAUUUGUACUCCGUCUUAACUCAGCCUGGGACCAGCCGAGAUCAGCAGAGUAAAAAACCUCAUAAUUAUCAGCUUCCAUUCAGUCAGCGCAUAAAACUGCUUCUCCAGGCCAAAUACAUAAACUCCUUUCUUGAAACAUGAAUAUCUUAACAGCUUUUAUCUAGUAUAGACAUGUUUUCUCAGUGGUGAACCUAUAGGUCUUCAGUGUGUGACAGGUUAGUACAGUGGUGAACCUAUAGGCCUUCAGUGUGUGACAGGUUAGUACAGUGGUGAACCUAUAGGUCUUCAGUGUGUGACAGGUUAGUACAGUGGUGAACCUAUAGGUCUUCAGUGUGUGACAGGUUAGUACAGUGGUGAACCUAUAGGUCUUCAGUGUG